CCGGCUGGCAGAACAGGCUGGAGGCGGGCCAGGGCGCAAUGGAGGCAGGGGGCUCCCCAGGUUUGGAACAAAGACCUCACAGGCAGGUCCCCUGAGCCCCAGCCGGCAGGAUGGUGGUGGAUUCCCAGCGAGGCCACAGGCAGGAUGGCCAGUGCUGAGAGGAGCCAGUGGUGACUCUGGGGCCCCCAGCAACAGCUCUGUCUCCUGAAGAUGAAGUGGCCCAGGUGAAGCCCAGGCCAGGCUGAUGGCCAGCUCGGGGAUGGAGGUGCGCUGGGCUGGGCCUGGCUUGGGGAAAGGGCCCCAGCGGCGGCGCUGGGCCUGGGCCGAGGAGAAGAAUGCAGAUGGAAGCAGUGCACAGGGCUGGAAGGACAACGCCACCAGCCCGGAGCUCCUGGAGGACUUCCGCCAAGCACAGCAGCACCUGUCACCCCUGGAGUGGGACCCGGACCCGCAGGGGUUGGAAGAGUCUUUGGGAGCAGGGACUGAAGCAGAGGAUGUGGACAGCCCAGAAAGUUCCACCCUACCUCUCCCCUGGCUUCCCCAGCAGGAUGGUCAACUAGACGUGACUGGAGAGGAGCCCAAUGAGGCAGGGAACCCCAAGGGCAAGGCUACUGGAGAGAGCUCGCCAAGCCCGGGCUGUGAGACUGCUUUGCUCCUGGAAGAUGAGGGAGACGCCAGCCCCAUGGCUCUGGGAUGGGGUCAGGCCACAGGCUGGGUGGACACCGACCAAGAAGCCAGGGGAAACGGACCUUCAGAACCUCCAGAGGUCCACCAGUCUGCUGAAGUUUGCUUGGCAAGGUUCUGGAGCAGUGGGACUGUGAGCCUCGGCCACCCAAGUGACAGCCUUGAUUCCACCUGGGAAGAAGAGACUGAUAUCCCCCAGCCCACUGCUCUGAGAGAUGCCCUUCCACAGAGCCCCCACCACCACCACCUGCCCCCAGAUGACAGAACCAGAGGUGGCGUUGCUCUGGCAACGCCCACGGAAUUCCAGUACUGUUCGGCACUACCAGUCCAGAGUCCCCUGCACACCACAGGUAGAGGGGGGAGAGAAACCACUGGUCUAUCCAGCCCACGGCCUAAGGACCAAACCUGGAAGCAGACGAAGACCUCAGUUAAGCCUCUACCCUCCCGAUUCACCGGCUCUAUCAGCCCCCUGAAUCCUCAGCCUAGGCCAGCACAGAAAAACAGGUCACAGCCCAGGCAGGGAGCCACUCUGGCUAGCCACUCCUCUUCUGAUGCCCCCAAGUACGGCCGGGGACGUCUGAACUACCCACUCCCUGAUUUCUCUAAGGUGGGACCCCGGGUGAGGUUCCCCAAAGAUGAGAGCUAUCGUCCCCCCAAGUCUAAGGGCCACAACCAGCAGCCGCAGGUCCCCACUGGGCCCCUGAUCUUCAAGUCACCCGCAGAGAUUGUGCGUGAGGUACUGCUGAGCGGUGGAGAAGCCAAAGAGCCACCUGCCGACCACCCCAUCACCAGGAUACCCCAGGAGUUCCAGACGCCUGAGCAGGCCACUGAACUGGUCCACCAGCUGCAGGAAGACUACUGCAAGCUCCUCACCAAGUAUGCUGAGGCUGAGAACACCAUUGACCAGCUGCGCCUCGGGGCCAAGGUACUAGCUAGGAAGGCUGGAGGGCCAGGACCCAGGACUGGGGCUUUCCCAGAGUCCUUGGGAGCUAGGACUCCCUGGGGAGAGAGGAGACCCGUCUCCUCCUACUGCAAGGCCCCUCUGUGACAUUAGGCUCCCUGGGCUCAGUCUCCCUUACUGUUGAUGAGCUUUGAUAACUAGAAUCUGAAGUCUAGAUUCAGAUUGAAUAUUGGAAUCUGAAGUGUAUAAGAAUUUUACCUGAAGCGCUCUCCCUCUAGAUGGGCUAGAUUCCAUUACUAACCAGCUGUGUGACAUUAAGGAAGUUACUGGAGCUCUCUGAGUCUCAAGGUUGUAGCUUGAAUUUCUACCCAGCCCUUGGCCUAUUUCCAGGGCCUAUUCCUUUGGCUCAUAUCUUUGCCUUUCUCCUCUGUCUCUCCCACAUCCUCUCCCUUCACCUGACUGGGAUAACACCUCACGGUGUGGCAGGAGGGAGGAGGGUAAUCCAUCCAUGCCAAGAGUUGACUGUCCCUCUGCCCAACCCCAACCCAUCGACUGGGGACGCUAGGAAUCCUGCUGUAGGACCUUCCUCUUUUAGGAGUGAGACAGGAAUUGGGGCCCCUUACAGCCUCUGUGGCUUCCUGCUUUCUCCAUAACCUGACUUGCCUCAACAGGCCACUGUGGAGGAGGUGUGGCAGCUUCGGGCAGAAAUGCAAGCCCUCCCCUGCCACCCUACUCCCCCAUUUCCUGGGGGCACCCCACCUCUUGCCCAGGUGGCUUCCACUCAUACGCUAGGUCCCCUCCCCUACCACUUGCUGUACCCCGUAUCUAGAAGCGCUUCCAGGAAGCGUGGGUGGGGGACAGCCAUGGUGAGAAAACCAAAGAGGGCUGUGCUAGGACCCAGAGUCCUCAUCUUCCCCACACCUGCUCCCUCUGAUGUCACGCAGGCAGGUGCCUUCCCACCCUGGCCUCACUGGGCACAUCUGUGGAAGGGGCUAAUCAGAUCUGUUCUGGGAUGCCAGAUGUCUCCACCUGAUGUCUUAAGGCUUCUCCCAGCUCUCUCAAGCAUGGACAGUGCAUGGAAGGCUCAGGGGAUCCCGCAUAGAUGUCCUGCUCAGAGCCUGUGUUAGGGAGCCCAGCUUCCACUGGGCCUCUGCUCCUCAAACUGUGCGAUGGAUGCUGGGCUCCCUCACUCUGCUCAGAACCCACAGCAGUAGAGGGAGGCUGGUCCCACCAGAGAAGAAACAGGCUGGCAUUUGCCCUGGAUACCCAGGCUGGGCCACUGUUGAGUGGAGGGGAAUAGGGGGUGACACGCCAGAAGCAAUCUGGUAUUCGUUGAGCCCCACAGACCUCUAGGCCCAGGCUGAGUGUCUCUCUUUGGAUGCCCUCCACAUGCAGAACGGAGCAGAGCCAGGCUCGAGAGCUUGCUCAGCGUCCCACAGCAGGCAUGAGAGGCAAUGGGUCUUGACCUCAGCUUGCUGUGCUAGAGCAGGUGCUCUUUCUUCCCUUGGCCUAGGCAAGCUUGGCUCAGGCCCUGGCAUGGUGUGUGGAGGCAGGCCUAGGGAUAGAGCAGGUGGUGAUGGCUAUCCUGAGUCAUUUACAGCUGAGCACAGAGAGGUUAAACAAUUCAGCCAAGAUUGCUCAACUAGGAGGAGCUGGAGCUGGAGUUUGAACCCAGGAAUCUGGUUCUAGAGCCCACGUUCAUCCCACUCUGUCAGAGGCAGCCAGACAGGACCCUCCUGGUCUAGGGACACCUAUAGCUAUUCUCCAGGCUGGGCUUUAGCCAGAGCUCUUGUGGAUGUCACAU